UCUUCGAGAGCGGAGUUGUUCUACCAAAUCCUUACGGGUAAUCUUCGAGGUAGCUGACACGGUUUUCUGCCUUCUCGACAAUUUUACGGGGCAAUUUAGCGAACCAUGGCUCUUUUGGUGUUGUUUGGAGUCGCACUUUUGUUGGGGGCCACGAAGGUGGAAGAUGCCAGGUUGUCCCCCAAACAGGACCCGAAAACCAUCGAAGAUCUCUGGGAAGCCGAAGAUUCUGUGGAUCUCGCGGUGAAUGAACAGUCUCGCAGAGAGGUGCUCGCCGACCGUAUUAUCCGGUGCGCCGACUCCGAGGACAACAUUGUGUUGUCUGAUGCCGCCUCAGAACUCGGUCAUCUCACCCCUCUGUCCUGCGAGGACGACUCUGAGGGCAUCCCGCUGUGCCGGGAGUGUUCGUUCUUACGUACCCUGCCGGCGGACUACCAUCCCCGGUACCUAGUGGAGCGGAAAUGCCAGGGAAAGUACUGUCUGUCAAAUGAGGGGAAUUGCGUGCAGCAGUACAUGGAGGUCGAGGUUCGCAACAUUGCCCCGGACAGGGAGGGCGAAGUCAGAUUAGUGCUGGUCGGUACAGCCUGUAAGUGCCUUCUUAAUGAAAACUCAGUUUUCAAAGUAUUUCUUCCCUAGGAGCAGUAACCCUCGUCAUAGUGGUAGGGCAGUAAAUAGGAAUCAAAGCUACCAAAGUAAGCAAUAUAAUAGCACGGCUGACAUAUAGGAUCUGCAUAUUGUAAAUCUUUAAAGUAAAGUAUUCUAAAAAUCAGUAUAAUUAGAAUAAACACUGUUUGUAUGACAAUGUUCUUUAUUCGCAAACAAAAGAGUUUUACAAGCCGACCUUCCUCGGGGUAACUACCGAUCUCUUAUACUACGCACUUCAACUAGGUGUCCCUUCCGCACUGCGGUCCCAUGUGUAUUGUCACAUACAUCUUGCAGACAAGUACAAAAGAUUGUUAAACAAACAGCUGUUUAUGGUGUUUUUAGCCUAUCUGUUUACAGUCAGGGGUGGUUUUCUGA